AUGGGAUGGGCUGACGUGGGCUACCACUCGGACCACGUGCUCACCCCUAACAUCGACACACUGGCGGCCGAUGGCAUAGUGUUGAACCACUAUUACACGCAUCCGGUGUCGUGUCCGAGUCGGGCGGCCCUACUGACGGGCGUACACCCCAUACAUACGGGGCUACAAAACUUUGUAAUCAUCAACCAGUCGCCCACUGCCCUAAGAGUGCCGGCAUUCAUAUGGAGUCCAUUACUUCGCAAAAGUGGUUACGUCUCGGAGGCCCUCAUCGAUGUGUCGGACAUAAUGCCAACCAUUUUAGACGCAAUCGGCGACAGACACGUGCUUUCAGACGAAACUCAUAUUUACGGCGUGUCACAAUGGGAUACGAUGUCUCAUAAUGGACUACCGGUGCGAUCUGAGAUCAUCCAUAACAUCGAUCCGGUAGAUAAUAUGUCUGCCAUUCGAUGGCACGACUGGAAACUCGUCCAGAGCUCCAGUUAUAAGGGAUAUGAUCUGUGGACUCAGACAAUACAGUUUGGCGGUUGGAAGCCACCCAUGUAUAGCAAAUGCACGCUUUCACCCGAACAGUUUGAAACAAUGCGAAACUUGCAAAGACAUAGUUGCAAAAUGUACAAGGUAUUGUCUCAAAUGAAUAGACAUCCAAAUUAUGAUGUAUUGGACGAGUCGACAGUGCUGUGCUCUGAACCUCCCGUUCCUAAUGGUAAACACUCGUGUUUGACGGGUGAGUUGUGUUUAUUUAACCUAAGGGUCGAUCCGUGCGAAUACAAAAACGUAAUCAAUGAAACCGAUCCCUCAUUCGUGCGAUACGUUUGGCACAAAUUGGUUGAGUUUAACGAGACGUCAGUUCCCGCCCUAUCACUCGUGCCAUUGGAUAAGCGAGCACAUCCUCGGUUUCAUAAUAACACCUGGACCAAUUGGUUGGACCAUGACUUGGACUAUGAAUUAUAUAGGGAUUACAAACACGACAAAGAUGAAUUUUAAUUGUUUUAAUUUUAUUAAUAAUAAGAUGCUUAUUGUAGAAAUACUUAG